GGCGCCCGGUUCGCCGGCCGCCCCCCGCUCGGGCUCGGCUCCCCGCUGCCCCGCGGCUCCCCGGCCCGGGCCCUCGGCGCGUGCACGCUCGCGGAAUCACGACCCCUCCCUGCCAUGUAUCCGCAGGGCCGACAUCCGGCUCCCCAUCAACCCGGGCAGCCGGGCUUUAAAUUCACGGUGGCCGAGUCCUGUGACCGGAUCAAAGACGAGUUCCAGUUCCUGCAGGCGCAGUAUCACAGCCUCAAAGUGGAGUACGACAAGCUGGCCAACGAGAAGACGGAGAUGCAGCGCCAUUACGUGAUGUACUAUGAAAUGUCCUACGGCUUGAACAUUGAGAUGCACAAGCAGACGGAGAUCGCAAAGAGGCUGAACACAAUUCUAGCCCAGAUCAUGCCUUUUCUGUCUCAAGAGCACCAGCAGCAGGUGGCGCAGGCCGUGGAGCGUGCCAAGCAGGUCACCAUGACGGAGCUGAACGCCAUCAUCGGGGUACGUGGACUCCCCAAUCUGCCUCUCACCCAGCAGCAGCUCCAGGCCCAGCACCUCUCCCAUGCCACGCAUGGCCCCCCGGUUCAGCUGCCACCCCACCCUUCAGGCCUGCAGCCGCCGGGGAUCCCCCCCGUGGCCGGGAGCAGCUCGGGGCUGCUGGCGCUCGGCGCCCUGGGCAGUCAGGCCCAUCUGACGGUGAAGGAUGAGAAGAACCACCACGAGCUGGACCAUCGAGAGAGAGAGUCGAGCACGAAUAAUUCCGUGUCGCCCUCGGAGAGCCUGCGGGCCAGCGAGAAGCACCGGGGCUCCGCCGACUACAGCAUGGAGGCCAAGAAGCGGAAGGCCGAGGAAAAGGACAGCCUGGGCCGAUACGACAGCGAUGGGGACAAGAGUGACGACCUGGUGGUGGAUGUUUCCAACGAGGACCCCGCCACGCCCCGGGUCAGCCCCGCACACUCCCCCCCUGAAAACGGGCUAGACAAGGCCCGGGGGCUGAAGAAGGACGCCCCCACCAGCCCUGCCUCCGUGGCCUCGUCCAGCAGCACACCCUCCUCCAAGACCAAAGACCUGGGCCACAACGACAAAUCGUCCACCCCCGGGCUCAAGUCCAACACGCCGACCCCCAGGAAUGACGCCCCGACUCCGGGCACCAGCACGACCCCAGGGCUGCGGUCAGUGCCGGGUAAAGCUGCAGGCAUGGACCCGAUGGGUAUAAUGGCCUCAGCCCUGCGCACCCCCAUCUCCAUCACCAGCUCCUACGCGACUCCCUUCGCCAUGAUGAGCCACCACGAGAUGAACGGCUCCCUGACCAGCCCCAGCGCCUACGCGGGGCUGCACAACCUCCCGCCCCAGAUGAGUGCGGCCGCAGCGGCCGCCGCCGCCUACAGCCGGUCACCAAUGGUGAGCUUUGGAGCUGUUGGCUUCGACCCUCACCCCCCCAUGCGGGCCACGGGCCUGCCCUCCAGCCUCGCCUCCAUUCCUGGCGGAAAGCCAGCCUACUCCUUCCACGUGAGCGCCGACGGGCAGAUGCAGCCCGUGCCCUUCCCCCACGACGCCCUGGCAGGCCCCGGCAUCCCGAGGCACGCCCGGCAGAUCAACACGCUGAGCCACGGGGAGGUGGUGUGCGCCGUGACCAUCAGCAACCCCACGCGGCACGUGUACACGGGCGGCAAGGGCUGCGUGAAGAUCUGGGACAUCAGCCAGCCGGGGAGCAAGAGCCCCAUCUCCCAGCUGGACUGCCUGAACAGGGACAACUACAUCCGAUCCUGCAAGCUGCUGCCCGACGGGCGGACGCUCAUCGUGGGUGGCGAGGCCAGCACCCUCACGAUCUGGGACCUGGCCUCGCCCACGCCCCGCAUCAAGGCCGAGCUCACCUCCUCGGCGCCUGCCUGCUACGCCCUGGCCAUCAGCCCCGACGCCAAAGUCUGCUUCUCCUGCUGCAGUGACGGCAACAUCGCUGUGUGGGACCUGCACAACCAGACGCUGGUCAGGCAGUUCCAGGGCCACACGGACGGGGCCAGCUGCAUCGACAUCUCCCACGACGGCACCAAGCUGUGGACGGGCGGCCUGGACAACACCGUGCGCUCCUGGGACCUGCGGGAGGGCCGGCAGCUACAGCAGCACGACUUCACCUCACAGAUCUUCUCGCUGGGCUACUGCCCCACAGGGGAGUGGCUGGCCGUGGGCAUGGAGAGCAGCAACGUGGAGGUCCUGCACCACACCAAGCCUGACAAGUACCAGCUGCACCUGCACGAGAGCUGCGUGCUGUCCCUCAAGUUUGCCUACUGCGGCAAGUGGUUUGUGAGCACGGGGAAGGACAACCUCCUCAACGCCUGGAGGACGCCCUACGGGGCCAGCAUCUUCCAGUCGAAGGAGUCCUCGUCCGUCUUGAGUUGUGACAUUUCGGCGGAUGACAAGUAUAUUGUAACAGGCUCUGGUGACAAGAAGGCCACGGUGUAUGAGGUCAUCUACUAGACCAGGACUCGCCAGGGCUGUCGGACUCCCGGAGACAGACUCUGCUGUGACAGGCAGCCUGGCCAGCGCCCAGGAGGGCAGGGGCUGGGCUGCUCUGCGGGCUGAGCCGGUCGGUCCUGCGGGACCCCCAGCCUCACCCCUCCCUGUCUUUCCUGCCCCUUCCUUCCGACCCGUCCCCCUGCCCGGGUCGGGGACACUGGAGCGGACCCCGUUUCUGCGCUGGGGGGAGGGGGCCCGCGCCCCGUCUGUGAAACGUGUACAUAACAGAAACUCCGAUGGACCUUUGGGCGGGAGGACC